UUCUCUCCCUCUCCGUAGAAAUUCCGAGCCAAAGCUCAAACCCUCAAUUUUCCCGAGAAAAACCCUUUAAAAUUUUCUUACCAUACAAACACACACAUAAAACCCCUAAGCUUAAGCUUACUCCUCCAUUUCACUGCACUCCAUGGAUCCUCCUCGCCGAGCUCCACGUGCCGUGAUCGACCCUAUCCCCAAGUUCCGUCAAGUCGGGUUCUUCACUCACGGAGCCCCACCCGAGCGCUCCCAAUCGGGUCCACCCGACCCGAUUCACUCUUCCCCUCGCGUCUCCAACAUCUCCCCCUCCGGCAACUCCCUCUCUCCGGUGAUGAUCCCGCCGCCGCGCCACCUCUCCGAUAACCUACUCCUCCACGCUCGUCCCGCCGCCUCUCCUCUCCGUGCGGAUUCUAUGACUGCCUCCGGCGGCGGCGGCGGCGGAAGCGGCAGCACCUACGACGCUUCCGAUUUCUACCGCGCUCCCGUUUCCCCAGCGCCGUCGUCUUCGUACUCCAGCAGGAUCGCUACCGCCGGCGAUGGAAGCUUCUUCGACGGCAAGGGGAAUAAUGCUGGCGGAAAGGUGGCUGCGUCGUCUUUUCCUCGAGGAGGAUUUGACUUGACGGCGAUGAAGGCGAGCGUUGUUCCGGCGAGCGAAUUGACCACUGUUUCCGUGGUGAAUGCUUCGCUUGAGAUUCCCGAAAAAGAAAAAACAAACAGAGGAGGAGGGUCAGCUAUGGAAGUGAAAGACCAACAACCUACUAGUUCAAAACAGCAGAAACCAAAAACCUCAAAAGCUGAAAGGCGAGCUCUUCAAGAAGCUCAACGAGCUGCCAAGGCUGCUACAAAAGCCGAAGGCAAUAAGGCAUCUGGAACUGCAACUUCAGUGAAUGCAAAACCAGCUAAGGCUGUAAAGCCUGCACAGAAAGUUGAUAAUGCAGCAGUUGCAGCCUCUGAGAAGAAGGGAGGUGAUUGUCCUCCAGAAAAGGAUAGAAAAAAAGAUGCACCUCAACCACGCAUGCAGUAUGAUGACAAGAGCCGAGUGGAUAAAGCUAAACGACGUGCUGUGGUGAAACAAACUGAAGCUAGGAGCAGAGUUGAGUUGUUCAGGCAUUUACCACAAUAUGAACAUGGGAGUCAACUUCCAGAUCUUGAGGCAAAGUUUUUCCAUCUUUAUCCUGUGCAUCCUGCUGUUUACAAGGUAGGUUUGCAGUAUCUAUAUGGAGAUAUAUCCGGUGGCAAUGCUCGUUGUAUUGCAAUGCUUCAAGCAUUUCAAGAAGCCAUAAAAGACUACAGGGUUCCACUUGAGAAGACUCUUGUGAGAGACUUAACAGCAAAAAUUAGUAGUUAUGUAUCAUUUUUUAUUGAGUGUCGACCUCUGUCAAUCAGCAUGGGAAAUGCAAUUAGAUUUCUUAAAAGUCGGAUAGCCAAGCUACCUUUGGCCCUGUCUGAGUCAGAAGCUAAAACUUCCCUCCAGUCAGAUAUUGAGCGUUUUAUAGGUGAGAAGAUUAUACUUGCCAACAAGGUGAUAGUCAAGCAUGCUGUCACCAAAAUAAGAGAUGGUGAUGUUCUUCUAACUUAUGGGUCUUCAUCAGCAGUAGAAAUGAUACUGUUACAUGCACAUGAGUUAGGAAAACAGUUUCGUGUUGUGGUAGUUGACUCUCGACCAAAGCUUAGAGGGAAACUUUUACUUCGCAGGCUUGUGGAGAAAGGUCUUAGCUGCACAUACACUCAUAUAAAUGCUGUUUCCUACAUAAUGCAUGAAGUUACUCGAGUUUUUCUAGGAGCUUCAUCAGUGUUGUCUAAUGGAACAGUAUAUUCAAUAGUUGGGACUGCAUGUGUUGCCAUGGUUGCUCAUGCAUUCCGUGUACCUGUCAUUGUAUGUUGUGAAGCCUAUAAAUUUCAUGAAAGGGUACAGCUGGAUUCAAUAUGCUCGAAUGAACUUGGUGAUCCAGAUGUCAUUUCAAAUGUUCUGGGUAGAGAGGACAUCAACUACUUGGAUGGUUGGGCCAAUAUUGAAAAUCUGCAACUUUUAAAUCUGAUCUAUGAUGCAACACCUUCAGAUUAUGUUUCGAUGAUUGUCACAGAUUAUGGCAUGGUCCCCCCAACAAGUGUGCCUGUAAUUGUAAGAGAAUAUGGGAGAGAACAGGUCUGGAUAUAAAUUGUGCAAAUGGAACCAUCUCAAUUUUGUGUGUGUGCAAAAUCCCUAUUUAGCAAUUUGGUAACAAUAAAUUCUAAGAUUGUUGUAAUACAUGUUUCUGUAUUAUUUUCGCACCUCUGAAUAAUGUAAUGGGCCUUUUUGUUCUAAAAAUUGGACAUUUCUGUAUUCACCUGUCCUAGCGAGAGUGCAAAAUUUCGCAUCUCCUGGCAGAUUUAGCUAUGCGUUCUCAGUUUUGAGAGUUGUUUUUUCUUCUAUUCUUCAAAUUUUGGAUAAUUAUUCAGUCACAAUCUUGGUGUAGCAAAUUUUAGUUAUGCUUAGUCCCAUC